UGAUUUUGUAGUUGUUUUUUAUGAAUUAUAUGAUUAUAAAAUUCGAAAAUUAUGCUAAAUAUAAGGAUUAUUAAUAAUCCAAAAUAGUUUUGUAGGCUGAACGUGGUUUUAACAACCGCAUUUUGUGGGCAAUCUGCGGUUACGCGAGCUAAAAUGCGUUUUAUUUAUUAAUGAACUAUAUAUCUUUGUUAUGAAUAAUUUAUAGCAAUGAACUACAUAAGGCUGCGAAAACACGAAAAUAUUUGCAUUUUAAUAUUAGGCAGCAAAAUGGAUACUAGGAUUUGUUUAUUGUUCAGUGUUUUGAUUAUUGCGAAUGUAAAUGCAUUCGCGAAGCGAGAUGUGGUCGCUGAGGUAGAAGGGGCGGAAGAGGUGUCGAACGCAGAAACCUCGUACGGCAUUAUUGAGAGAGUCAAGUACUGUUACGGUGAAACUCUGUCAAAUACUGUCAAUAUUGUCAAAAACGAGCAUUUGCAGCCUUUACUUAGCUUUUUCGAACACUCAUGGAACAAAAUUCGAAGAUAUGAGCCCGAAGGUCCAAAAUAUGAGCGUUAUAGCAAAGACAAGACCCCAAUCACAUGGGACAUCUUCCAGCAUGAUAUAAAGGAAUUUAGAAAUUGUGUUCGCCAAACCUUGACCGAGAUAGUGGAUGACGUUACAGAGACGAAGCUGCAACCACUGUUCCAUAACGUUGAAGAGCAUUUGGGAAAACUUACUAGAGUGGUUGAUGUACUAACUACAACUAGGGAAAGAAAACCACAGGAUCAAGAGUAAUAUAUUAUACAUAAAUCAAUUGUUUCACUUGAACUCAUGCUAUUUGUAAAUACAAAGUAGAAAUAUUGUCUUUGUGUUAUAAGUAGUGAUUGUCUAAUAAAAUGUUUUUUGCACGUCUGAA